AUGAUUUCUUCCCCGACAGUCCUGGCUGUCAGCCUCCUGUUAACUGUGGCUUUGGGCCAGACAUUUCAAUUUCAAGAAUAUGUCUUUCUUGAAUUUCUGGGCUUAGACAAAGUGCCUUCACCCCAGACAUUCCAACCUGUGCCUUCUACCUUGAAGAAAAUUUUCCAGGAUCGAGAGGCAGCAGCCACCACUGGGGAAUCCCACGAUCUGUGCUACAUAAAGGAUCUUAGUAUCCGGGGGAACAUACUCCGACUUCUCCUGGAUCAAGGUCUAUUUCUUUACUCCAAGAAACUUUCCCAGGCCUCUUCUUGUCUCCAGAAGUUCCUCUACUUUAACCUGUCUGCCAUUAAAGACAAGGAGCAGUUAACAAUGGCCCGACUGGACCUGGAUUUGGGGCCCACCACGUACUAUAAGUUGGGACCAGAACUGGACUUGGCUCUGUCCUUCAUUCAGGAGCCUCAUGUGGGGAACCAGCCCAUCCCUCCACCAGGUAAAGUGCUUGUGUUACAGUCAGUACGGUGGCCUCAAGGUGUCAUUCACUUCAACCUGCUAGAUGUGGCGAAGGAUUGGAAUAACAACCCCAAGAAAAACUUAGGUUUGUUGCUAGAGAUACUGGUCAAAGGAAACAGAGACGUUGGGAUGAAUUUUCAGCUUCAGGACACCUGUGCCAGACUGAGACAUUCCCUUCGUGCCUCCCUGCUGGUGGUGACUCUCCACCCUGAGCAGUGUCACUCUUCAUCCCGAAAAAAGAGGGAAGCCAUCCCUGCCCCGAAGGCUUUUUGCAAGAACCUCUGCCAUCGUCACCAGCUAUUCAUCAACUUCCGGGACUUAGGUUGGCACAAGUGGAUUAUCGCUCCCAAAGGGUUCAUGGCAAACUAUUGCCAUGGGGAGUGUCCUUUCUCUCUAACCACCUCCCUCAACAGCUCCAAUUAUGCUUUCUUGCAAGCCCUGAUGCACGCAGUUGACCCAGAGGUCCCCCAGGCGGUCUGCAUCCCCACCAAGCUGUCCCCCAUUUCCAUGCUCUAUCAAGACAAUGAUGACAAUGUCAUUUUACGACAUUAUGAAGACAUGGUGGUUGAUGAAUGUGGCUGUGGGUAGGCUGUCAAAAAUAGA